CUCUUCAAUUUUUUUUCUUCUUUCUUCUCUUCAUCUUCUUUUUCCUUCUCUUUUCGUUCUUCUUUCUUUUCAUGGUAGAUCUUCUUUUUCUUUUUCUUUUUCCUUUUCAUCUUCUUUCUUUCUUCCUCUUUCGCAUACAUAAAUACAGUAAUUAUAUAGGGCAAUGAAAUGUGCAUGCAGGGAGCUGUACGUAUAUAUAGGGAUCAUUUAAGCACUGCAGGUAAAAAACAUAUCAACGUAAAUGUAAAUGUAAAAGAAAAACUGGCCCAGAAAAACGUGAAAAUGAAGUUCGUAUAUUAUAAGACAUUUCGCCGCCCAAGAACACAUAAUUUGACAAGGCUUUCGUGGGAGCUUUGGGCAUUUCCAGGAGUAGUUUUAUGACCCUGGUGGUAUAUUUCGACCCUUCCUCUGCACCAUGAACCCAAGAACACAUAAUUUGACAAUGCUUUCGUGGGUGUUUUGGGCAUUUCCAGGAGUAGUUUUAUGACCCUGGUGGUAUAUUUUGACCCUUCCUCUGCACCAUGAACCCAAGAACACAUAAUUUGACAAGCCUUUCGUGGGAGUUUUGGGCAUUUCCAGGAGUAGUUUUAUGACCCUGGUGGUAUAUUUUGACCCUUCCUCUGCACCAUGAACCCAAGAACACAUAAUUUGACAGGGUUUUCGUGGGAGCUUUGGGCAUUUCCAGGAGUAGUUUUAUGACCCUGGUGGUAUAUUUUGACCCUUCCUCUGCACCAUGAACCCAAGAACACAUAAUUUGACAAUGCUUUCGUGGGUGUUUUGGGCAUUUCCAGGAGUAGUUUUAUGACCAUGGUGGUAUAUUUUGACCCCUCCUCUGCACCAUGAACCCAAGAACACAUAAUUUGACAAGGCUUUCGUGGGAGUUCUGGGCAUUUCCAGGAGUAGUUUUAUGACCCUGGUGGUAGUAUGGCCCUUCCUCUGUACCAUGAACCCAAGAACACAUAAUUUGACAAGGCUUUCGUAGGAUUUUGGGGCAUUUCCAAGAGUACCGUGAACCCAAGCACACACAUUUGACAAGGCUUUCGUGGGAGUUUUGUGCAUUUCCAGUAGUAGUUUUAUGACCCUGGUGGUAGAUUGACCCUUCUUCUGUACCGUGAACCUUAAGAAACACUCAUUAGAACCCGACUGACCCCCUCUUUGGCCUUAUAGAACUAGCUGAUGUGAGAAACGAAAGUACCGUUGCAAAGCCUCAUUUAUUUACAUGCAGCUGUCAAGUCGCAAAAAGUAUCCCUGCAGUGGUAAUCAGCGUUGACCCACAAGGAGACAGGAGGAACAGGAAGAGGAGGAAGCGAGGGAACGAAGAAGGCAACCAUACAGGAACUUUGGAGGCUGUACAGAGUGUUGAGAGUUACUAACAGGAGAAAAUAAGCACAAGGAAGGGGGGGCGUGGCUACUCACCCGGCUUGCCUUUCCUGGACAGGUUAUACUUACUCCUUACCAUGCUUGCUUACUUACCAUAUUUACUUACUUACUGAUGGAUACGGUUAAUUAAGCUAACUGCUGCUUCUAAUACACCGAAAAAACAGCAUGUGGAGUGCAUUGGAUACUUCAUUUGCUUCACAUUUGUUAAGGUUUUAGUUAUCGAUGCAUACCUAUUUAUUGUGUCAACGGCUUAAAUAUGUGGGAUGCUUAUGGAUUUUUCUGGAGGAAGGUUUACUUUUCCUCUACGUCCAGAUCUUGAAAAGGUUAUUAUUCUCGUGGGGGCAAUAUUGGAGGCGUGCAGUGACUCUCCAUAUUUACCCUGUCUUACUUACUUACUCACCCCCGUUCUCUAUAGCACAAGGAAAUAUAGUAGAAAAUGUUGGGUGGGCUAAACUACUGCGAGCACGCCAGUCCAUAAGUUGAUAGGUCAUAGUGGGAGAGCUACGGGUGACUAUAUGGGCUGGUAGGACGUGCCAGAAGCAGUGUACUUGUGUUCAGUCUUGAAAAUCAUAAAGGAGAUAAGUGUGUGUGUAGGGCAGACUUGAAAAUGGCAAGUGUGUUUGUUCCUACUACUUCAUCCGGAAGGAAAUUCUUAAAAGAUAUACGGUAACUCUGUUGCUGAAAAUUCGUCUUCUGCGGUCAGUAGAAGUAAACUGAUGAGGUAUUUUGAUUCUGUGACCUCUAGUAGAUGACUGGAGAGGCAAAUGGAACAAAUCUAAGGGUUGGAUAAAUGAUUGAGCGAAUAAGUUGUCCUUUGACUGAAUAUGGAAUUAAUGACUUGAGUCGCUGGGAAUAGGAAAGGGAUUCCAUACCUGAAAUCUGCUUGGUCCAUCUUCUCUGGGGGGGACUCUAGCAGUUUCAGAUCUCCAAGGUACUGAGUAAACCAAACUGAGGAGGAGAACUCAAGGAGGGGUCUAAUGCGAGUCUUGUCUACUGGAAUCAUGAAGGAGGAAGAUCAGUUGAUUGUGCUGUGAAGUAGAUUAGAGGCUAGGGCAUUAGCUUUGCAUAUAAUGGAGUGGAUGUGGGUAUUAAGAUGCAAGGCUGAAUCUUAUCAUACUCCUUAUCAUACUUGUUGAGAAUUAUUAACAGAAAAAAAUAAGCAUAGGGAAGGGAGGGGGUGUGCAUGGCUAUCCACCCAACUGACCUUUCCUUGACAGGUUUUACUUACUCCUUACCAUGCUUGAUAUGUAGAUACUCGAUGGUGAUUUUCAGUGUAUGAUUCUGUACUGCCGGAAGGCCACUGAAACGCCAUGAAUUAAUGUUGCGGCUAUGGAAUAAUUAGCGGGAAAUAGUAGGUUAAGUGACUCAUUCCCUCUCGUAAUAGCAAACGUAAUUACAAUUGUUAACAUUUAAUUUGUAACGUUUCAGUGGCCUUCUUGCAGUACAAUUCCAUAAAGGUUCCUCUCUACUGGACUCUACCUUUUGGCUUGGUGAUAUGACAACUCUGAAAAUCUUUUAUGACAAUAUUGAAGUGUGCAGAAAAGAGGCACCCUUAUGAAUAGUUACCUCCCUAGCAUCUUUAUAAUUACUAAGGGAAGUGUGCAGGUAAUGUGGCUUUGAGGGUGAAGCAGCCAUUGGGAGUCAAUACAAAUAGAACCUCGCGCCAACUACUGGACUUGGUGAUGGAAAGGAUCAGUGGCAGUCGCCAGGCAGCUGCAGUGUUCUCCUCGGCUCUCAUCUUGCCCAUCAUCUUGCAUCUCCUAGCAAGAGAGGAAGCAAAGGUACCAUCAAAGCGCCUCAUCUUAGGAGUGUUAUCAGCAAGGGAUCAUUUCUCCCAGCGCGAGGCAAUACGGCAGACAUGGGGCUCAGCUGUGCGGGGUCUGUCAGACGUAGAGAUGAAGUUCGUGUUGGGAGACCAAGACUGCUCCAUCCACCCAGCUGACCGCAUCUCUCCCUAUGGCUGUGAUGUGUGGCACCUGGCUCAGGAUCUGGAAAAAGAUGAGCCAAAAACAUUCUUCAAAGCUCAUCAUGCUAGCGAGCAGAAGGAAAGCUUGAGGAGUGUGAGCGGCUGCUUCACUGGACUUGGCUUCAGAGUUCUCCAUCCCGUCAUUAUUGAGAGGUUCAUGGUACCGAGGGUUGUCAUCAAGGGGUCAAAUAAUCUUAUUCUUAAACUGAGUGACCCUGAAGAAGUUCAUGAGGAGAUCAGGUUGUCUCCCAGUGCCUGCUUUGAAGAGGGUGACUUGUGCAGCAUCAAGUUACCCUACCACUUGAAGCUGCCAAGAGGGUUUGAGGGUGAGCUGAGUGUGGUCAGUGAGGAAGAAAAUGAAGACUUGUGUGAGCUCAACUUACAUGACUUUCAGAAUGCAGGAGAUUGGGUUUGUGAUUGGAACAACAAUUCAGUUAUAGAGUACAAAUUCCUUCGGAUGAAGAAGAACAUUUUAACAAAAUGGCACAAGUCUGCUUGUCCACUGGUAUCAGCAAAGUUUACUGUUGCAGACAGGCCGUUCCUAACAGAGCACCGGCAACAGCAGGCUCAGAGGACAGAGGCAUGGAUGGAGCACCUGGCUGACCUGCAGGCCAAGGUGGAGGAGGAGCAAAGUCACUACCAGGACUUACUGCUGCUUCCACACCUUGAUGUGUACACUUAUCUGUCACUCAAAGUGAUGUUCCUCUUGAGAUGGGCAACAUACAACUACAACUUUUCCUACGUGAUGAAGGUUGAUGAUGACACCUUGGUGAAUGUGAGUCUGCUGAACCUGUUGGUGGACGAUGGAGGGGAGGAGGACCAUGUGUGGUGGUCGCUCUUCAACCACCACCAUUCUGUUCCCUUUUAUGGCAAGUGGGCAGACCUAACUUACCCAUCUCUGUCUUACCCAACCUUUCCUGCAGGAUCAGGUUACCUAAUGACAAGGUCUCUUGUCAAGUCUUUGGUGGACGCACAUAACCACUUGGUACCACAUGGGGGCGAGGAUGUCAGCAUGGGCAUCUGGGUGUCCUCUGUUUGUGCUGGAGCAAGACACAUUGAUGUCCCUUGCUGGCUGCCACAUGCCCACUGCCCUGAGAGUGUUCUUGUGCCCCAGUUGUCAGUGCAGCAAAUGGUGGAAAUGUGGCAAAACCUGACUCACCGGAUGUAGAAUCUCUUGUCAGUGAACACCUAUCUAGGGACAAAAAAUUGGCACAAAUCUAGUCAUGAAAAAGAAAGGAUAUAAAGAGACGUAGAGAGGCCAAACUACUCUCACACAAAAUGUACUAAAUCCAGGUGAGUAUCAAAAUCUUUCAAACUAGAUAGGUAUUCUCUUUUUGUCUUCUUCCUCUAUGACCUUCGUAUGAGCAGCAUCCUUAUGCCUUUUUUUUUUUUUAUAUGUCUGGCGCUUGAACUGUCUCAUAUAAUGUAAAAAAUAUUACAUCCAUAGUUAACUGAAUCGCUUGGCUUUGUGUAACAUUUUUAUAGAGAUGAUUGUUACCUUGGUGAUGGGAGUAUUAGAUUAAGAAAAUAGCAAAGUAAGUCCACAGAUACACUUUAAUUAUACUUACUCACAAAUUCCUUCAUAAAUUUUGUGCCACUCACAAGCACAAUAAAGCUCGGAGUCCCCCCUAACACACAGUACCUGGGGAAGGAAGAGAAGGGUUGAGGCGGAUGUCAACAAUAUGGUGUACAGCAAUAGCAAUAUUAUUCAACCUGGGUGGACAAGCAUUAGUGUGGGGUGAGCUGUCUUUGGGUGGCAAGAUAAAUGGAAGGGAUUUGAUGGCUAAUAGUACUUGUGAUAAAAACAAUCAUAUAGUUAUGAAUGUAGAAUCAGUGUUAUGUCUGUAUUGUUCUAGUGUAGAUGUCCAAAUGGAGAUAUAAAAUAACAUUAGUGCAUACAGGGAAUUAUAAUAUAGCUCCUGUAUUCACUUACAUUUCUUACCUAGCUAGCAAUAUUAUGGCUGACUAUGUAAACUAGUAAAGAAAAGUGAAACAAC